UCUCCCACUCCCUGGGGGCUCUUGUUAAGCCAUUGCCUAGCAACUGCGGCAAGAGUGGAGCAGGCUAUGGCGUCCUCUGAGGCAGCCAGCAGUUUUUUAUACGAGACAGAUGACUUCACCUUUGAAGAGAGGAGUUCACUGUAUGAGCUGCGGCUGGCGAGACAGAGGGAGAAUGGAAAGAAAUCCCUGCUCCAUAGACUGAUUUUCCUGGCCAAGAUCUCACCAGAUCUGGCAGAUAAAAGGGAUUUAGCUGCAUACUGGGAACAGCUGUUUACGAGCCUGCCUUCUUGUGGCUAUCAGGGUGAAGGAGUCACAGGUUUGCUUCUGCUCUACCCCACAUACGUUGUACACAUAUUGGAGGCAUCCAGCGAUGUGCUUUACUCUAUUCUGCGGGACCUGCGGGACGUGGAGCAGCAGCAGAGAGUAUUAAUCCUGGAUGCCAAGAUCCUUAUAAUGUCACAUAAUCUCCCCAUCCGACUCUUCCAGCAGUGGAACUACAAGGUGCUAAAUAUGCCAGGGACGCAGCUGGGCUAUGAUAUGCCUCAUGAGGAGCCAGCUGAGGCUAUUGUCUGUGAAUGCCUGGCAGUGCUCCUGAAACUUGGAAUGCACCUGCAGAAGUACCCCAAGAGCCCCAAGAACCUCCCAGACACCAUCCUGGAGAAGGUACCAGAGCUCAUUGUCCCCCAAGGCACCAUCUGCUACCUGCUGGAAUGCCAAGAGUUGUUGAGUCCAGCUGAAUACCUGCAUCUUUUUGACUCACCUGUAGACAUCUCGACAGACUCAGAAAUCAUGUGGCCUUUGACAGAGCGGUUAAAACCACGUCUGGAAUGGGUUGCUCGAAAAGAACUCUACUCCUCAUGA